GGAUUUGGUUAUGGAAUCGGAUCGGGUCAGGGGUCCUUGGAGCCCCAAAGAGGACGAGCUCUUGCAGAGGCUGGUGGAGAAGCACGGCCCGCGCAACUGGUCACUCAUCGGCAAAUCCAUUCCCGGCCGGUCCGGGAAGUCCUGCCGGCUCCGGUGGUGCAACCAGCUCUCACCCGAAGUGGAGCACCGGCCGUUCACGCCGGAGGAGGACGAGACUAUAAUCCGGGCCCAUUCUAAGUUCGGAAACAAGUGGGCCACCAUCGCCCGUUUGCUUACGGGUCGGACGGAUAACGCCAUUAAGAACCACUGGAACGCUAGCCUGAAGCGCAAGUCGGCGGCGGGACUGCCCGAUUCUCUGCCGGGUCAGCCGUUGAAGAGAUCCUCUGUUUCGGGCCUCGAGCCGAAUUCGGGCAGUCCACGGGAAUCCGGUUUGAGCGGGGAGAGAUUCUUUCCUCCAUUCACGGAGACCGAAAUGCCCGACCCGCUCACCGCUCUCAGUCUCUCUUUGCCCGGGCGAAGUGGGGAUCCGAAUCAGGCAACCGGAAACAAUAAUAUUCCGCCGGUUUCUUUUCCCCAUUCGGACGCGCCACCGCCACUUCAAACGGUCGGGAAAUAUCCUCUGUUCAGCCCGGCGUUUUUGACGGAGUUGCAGAAGAUGAUCAGGAGAGAGGUGAGGAAUUUCAUGACCCACAAUGGGCAGCUUCCCACCGCAGAGGAGGGUGAACCGAUUCAAAUGCAGUGAUAUGGGCUUCUGAAAUCGGAGUUGUUUCACCUUUGCUCGGAGUAUUCUGCCGCGGUAUAUUUUUGCAGAUGUGCGAAAAUAGGGUAUAAAAAAGUAAUUUUUAAAAUGGAAAUGGAAGAGAGGUUGUGUCUUUACUCCGUAUCUUUUUUACCGUAGUAUUAGGCUUGCCAUUGAUUUUCACUAAAAAUAGAAAGGGUUUUUUACUUGUAUAUUACUAAUUUUGAACCAAUUAUCCAAAAAGUGAUCACAUUUAAAAA